AUGUUUUCUAAAUUUUUGUAAAAGGCAACUUCUUCUUUUACCAAAAACUAAUUGUAAAAAACAUUCCUGGUAUAUACUCCAAAAAAUCAUUUCUUUUUUGUCUCGAAUGAUUGCUAUAGCAAAUUAGGAAUAAAUAAAAAUGCAUCUAAAGAUGAAAUUAAAUCUGCAUAUUAGGCUUAAUUAAGAACUAUUUAAUAGUCGUCAAGAAGCUCUGCUUAAGAAAGAUAAAUAUAGGAUUUAAGAAAUGCAUUUGAAGAAGCUAUGAGAAAUUUAAAUUCAAAGAAAGGCAACGAAGACUAAGAUAUUUUUAAAAAUAAUAAUGAAGACUAUUAAAACUCUAAGUAAAGCGAUAGCCAAAGGGAGCAAAGUAAAUUUUCUAGUGAAUAGUUUUAAUAAGAAUAGUAUUAAUAGAAUAAUGAUUAAUAAUAAAAGAGAGGAUGGUUUAAGUAGUUUUUACUAAAUUAGAGUUACGGCUAAAAGCCUAAUGCUCAGUAAAAGUAGUGGGGAUAUGAGGUUUUUGCAUUAAGUAUACUUGGUAUCACUGGUAUAUGCUAUGUAAUUGGUUCUAAUUUAAAAGAUUAUUCCUCAUAAAAUAUCGAUAAACCAGGAGCUAGAGUAAUUAUGACUCAUAAAGAUUUAAAUUUGGCUAAAGAAUAGUACUCUCAGUAUUAAGAGUAUAAAAAAGUUUAAAAUCAAAUCCUAGAAUAACAAAGAUAGAAUCAGCAAAUUCAGUAAUAAAAUCCAUAAAUAAAAAACGAAUAGGAUAGUAUAAGUGGCUUCUUUGGAAAUAAUGACCAAAAUAAUAAUAAAUAAUCUGCUUUUGAUAAAGAAUUUGAGGAAUAUAAAAAGAAACACUCUAAAAAUAUUUUUGAAGGAAAAGAUGAGUGA